AUGUCACCUGCGAUGGGGACCAAAGCUUACGAUGAGGAGACCUUGGGGCCCAUGGUGCUCGCUGUCAUGUGGCUGUUCACCGGCCUGGCGAGUAUCUGCGUCUUCACCCGCCUGUAUAUCCGGCUACACGUGCUACGAAACCCGGGCCCAGACGACUGGAUCAUUAUGAUAUCCAUCGUCAUGGGGUGGAUGUAUUGCGCCCUGACGACAGAAGCCGUCACAUUAGGAUACGGGCGACACACAGCCUCGAUACCGAUCGAAGAAGCCCAGACAGCCCUCAAGUGGAACGAGGCUGCCUUUGUUUUCGGAAUCGUCUCGUUCGUUUUGCCUAAGCUCGCCGUGGCUGCUCUGCUGGAUCGACUCCUGCUUCCUAGGACCCUCAACCGCUGUAUCAUUUGGGGCCUGGUGGGUGGGCUGGCGGUGGUGGGCAUCGUGAACAUCUUCAUCUAUGUGACUAUGUGUGAUCCGAUCCAAGCGCUUUGGAAGUUCACUAUGGUUGCGACUGGGGAGGCGACUUGCAGGGAUAUCUGGAUUUUGAUCAAUUAUGCUACGUUUACCAGUGCCCUCUCGGUUUUUGUCGAUUGUUACCUCGCAGUAUUCCCGAGCUUCGUUCUUUUCAGUUUGAACAUGUCCCUGCGUAAGAAGAUUGGGUUGAGUGUCACCAUGGGACUGGGCUUCUGCGCGGCAGGAGUUGUGGUUGUCAAAUGCAUCCAACUCAAAUCACUCGCCAACCUCAGUGAUUCCACCUACAGCACCGUCUCCCUCGCCAUCUGGACAAGCAUCGAAGCCAACAUGGUCGUCAUCGCAAGCUGCGUCCCCUGCCUCCGCCCCCUCCUAGACUUCAUCACAACCGGCUCCUGGCACACGAAAUCCUCCCAAUCCCAGGACGCCUCAACAUGGUACGGGGCGAAACGCUCACGCAUCUCAACUAGCAUCACCAAGGGGCCUGAAGCUGCGGACAGCGAUUCCCAGAAAAACUUCAUCAUCCGGCGUACGACCGACGUGGAGAUUCAGUUCGAGAUGCAGACGUCUGUGGCGCCGAAGCAAAGGCAACAUUUUGAUUUUGAGUUUAUUUGA